AACGAGCACAAAUCAUGGAAACCACGUGAUAUCAAUUAUCUAAAAUCCAAACAUGAAUUGAAACUCUUUAAGUCGAAUUCAGUGGUUUAGAGCCUUAGCCGGGAUUUGAACCAGUGUUAAUACAGUGAUCCUUUUAAACACCACCUGCGAGCAGUGAGACCUCCCACCUACAGUCAACGACAAUGACUCUAAUCGCACGAUUGUUAUUCGCUACACUCACUUUUUCCGCUGUAAUAGCCAACAAUGUCAGUGGAAGUUUUCCUUCAGACUUCAUAUUCGGCGCGUCUACUGCCUCAUACCAGGUAGAAGGCGCCUGGGAUGAAGAUGGCAAAGGCUGGUCCAUGUGGGACCACCUGGUCCGCACCGACCCGGGCCACAUCGCGGACCACUCCAACGCGGACGUCGCAGCCAACUCAUACCACCUUUACAAGCGAGAUGUCCAGAUGCUGAAGGAACUAGGCGUCAGUGCUUACAGGUUCUCAAUAUCCUGGCCGCGAAUCAUGCCGUAUGGACGACCAGACUACGUGAACCCUCGUGGCAUACAGUACUACAACAACCUGAUCGACGAACUGCUGGCCAACAACAUACAGCCUUUCCCCACCAUGUACCACUGGGAUCUGCCCCAGAACCUUAACGAACAGGGAGGUAUCCUUAGCGAGAAUUUCCCAGAUUGGUUUGGGGAUUAUGCCAGGGUUCUGUACCAGAAUUUCGGGGAUAGAGUGAAGCAUUGGCUGACUUUGAAUGAGCCUUAUAUCCACUGUCAUAUAGGCUUUGGAACUGGCAUGCAUGCUCCGAGGAUCAGGUCUCCCGGUGUGGGGUACUAUCGAUGUGGAAGGCAGAUCCUCCUGGCGCAUGCUAGAGCGUUCCAUAUAUAUAACGAUGAGGGAUUCAGAUCAGCUCAGAAUGGGCAACUGGGGAUCGUUAUCAGCAUGGAUUGGAGUAUACCAAGCACUGAUUCCGUGGACGACGCCGAAGCUGUUACUGAUUACAUAGCGUUUAAAUUUGGUCAGUACAUGGAUCCUUUAUUCUCCGAACAAGGCAACUACCCGCAAAGGAUCUUAGAGCGUGUAGCUACGAACAGCGCCCUGGAAGGUCUCUCCACUACAAGACUACCAGCAUUUACUGAUGCAGAGGCCGAAUAUCUCCGCGGGACUUCCGACUUCCUCGCAUUGAAUCAUUACAGCACUGCUGUUGUAUACAGGAACGCAUCUGUUGCGGGCAUGCAUGAAGUCCCGUCGAUGUUCAAUGACGUUUACAUCGGGAGUUAUAGUGAUCCCUCCUGGCCAAUGAGCGAAACCAAUUGGUCUGCGGAAUACGCACCAGGGCUGUACAACCUUUUGAACUACAUAAAGGACACAUACAACAACCCGACCAUAUACAUCACGGAGAAUGGAUUCUCAUCCUUCACCGGCUUGGUGGACGACCAGAGGUGCCAAUAUUACAAGAACUACCUGGUGGCCGUGCAACAGGCUAUAGAAUCUGGCGUAGACCUGAGAGGCUACUUCGCUUGGAGUCUUAUGGACAACUUUGAAUGGGCCAGGGGAUAUACAAUCAGAUUUGGACUGUACGAAAUAGAUAUGACAGAUCCUGAAAGAACUAGGACACCCAGAAAGUCUGCGUUGGUGUAUAAGGAGAUAAUCCGAAGUAGGGUUGUCGACAUGGAUUACAACCCGGACCCUUACCUUCCGGGCAGCAGCCACUUAGUCACCGGAUCUGCCCUCACCGUCGUGGUGGCAGCUUUAUACAAUUUACUUCGGUAAAGUCAACUUCAACUUUAUGGUUUAUGGCAACCGGUCGUCGUAUAGAAGUUCGGUAAAGUCAUGGUAAGAAAACCAGGUAUGCUCAAAAGUGACAGCUAGCAUUUCAAGGUUAGCCCAGCUGACGUCAUGCCUCUCUGGGUUGCCAUUUCGUAAAAAAUAAAUUACCCACGACCAAUGUUUUUACAUUAACUUUCCAAGGAUUUUUUUAACUUUUAGUAAAAGAUCUUUAUAUGUGUGACAAGUACUUAACAGUAAUUAAAUACAUUACUCAGUAAUUCACUUAAUUUUCAAUAAUAAAAUUUACGUCCUUGGAAUGUUGGAGAUGCCAAUUUAAUGGUAACACAGCGGUAACACUUACGUCAUCAAAGGGCUAGCAAUGGCGGCUUAUCAUGGUGUUGAGCAUACCUAGUCUUCUUAUACCAUGGGUAAAGUGAAAUGUACAAGGCGAUACAACCAAAUAAACACUUGAAUUGUUGGAUUUAUCGUAUAGAAUUCAUUCUGUCAUAUUGGUAUUUGCGGUACGGGGAGUGAGGGGUGUGUGUGAUCCAUCGAAUAAUAUAACAGGGCCUUUGAAAAUACAAAUUAUAAGUAAUUAAAACACAUAAUAACGUGUUCUUACCGCGUUUAAAGCAGUGAUAUGAGACUCCCGAUAUUUCGACACUGUUGCAAGUGUCAUGAUAACCGCGUAAACUUAAAACAAUGUAUAAAUUAUAAGUCUCUUCUCUUCUUCCUUGCGCUAUCUCACUUUAGGUGGGGUCGGCUCUCCUAAUUUUGCGGCGCCAUGACAUUCUGUCUAGGGUUGUCGGGUCGGGUAAAUUUUCAUUUUUUAAUAAUCGGGACAUGCUGGUCCACCAAGUAUAAGGAGGGCGUCCUCUGCCUCUUUUGUCGGGCAGGCAAAGAGCUGUGUGGACUACAUGCUGCUGGUCUCUCCGCAUUACGUGGCCAUACCACCUCAAACGACUUUAUUUCAGCUUAUCGGGUAUAGGGGCUACUUUGAAGCUUCCGCGAACGUACUCGUUUCUAAUUUUGCCUUGCCUAGUCACCCCUCCCGACCAUCGAAGCAUUUUCAUCUCAGUCGUAUGAAGUAUAAAUGUAUAAAUUAUAAGUAUCUUAAGUAUUAUAGUAGUUUUAAGUAUUAUAAGUGGAGAUAAGCAAGAUACAGGCGUUCGUCUGCAUCGCCUCUGUGUGCGGUUUAGGUUUUAAUUAAUUAUUAUAUUAAGUAAAUGUAAGUAAAAUUUAUAUAUAUUUUUCUACCAGAAUAAAUCCUUUAUUCUUAAUUUAAAAUUCCAAAUGUGAAAUAAGGGUUGAACACAUAACUAUUGUAAAUAGAUUAUCAAGUAGGUAUAAAAUAAAACAACCAAGUUACAACACGAA